GAGAAUCUGUGACGCUCAAGCCAUCUGAGAAACCCGUGACUCUGGCUCGUGGCGGUUCUCGCCCCUCCACCGCUCAUCAUCAUCACCACCAUGAGACUAUAAAACCCGCGACCGAGAUCACUCGCUCCCUCUUUGCUCGCAAAGCAUUCGACGCAGCCUUCUCCUCGCCUACGAAGUCAGAGCAGAGAGUCUCUCCUGCCCCUUCCCUCUGUGAUGGCUUCGGCGACUCAAGCAAGCCUUCUCCUCCAGAAGCAGCUCAAAGAUCUCUGCAAAAGACCGGUGGAUGGCUUCUCGGCGGGGUUGGUUGACGAGACCAACGUCUUUGAAUGGAGUGUCUCGAUUAUCGGACCUCCUGAUACGCUGUAUGAUGGGGGAUUUUUCAAUGCUAUAAUGUCCUUUCCACCCAACUAUCCAAACAGCCCUCCAUCAGUGAGGUUUACCUCAGAGAUUUGGCAUCCUAAUGUUUAUCCUGAUGGCCGGGUUUGUAUAUCGAUUUUACAUCCUCCUGGUGAUGAUCCAAAUGGUUACGAGCUUGCAAGCGAGCGCUGGUCGCCUGUCCACACAGUUGAAAGCAUCGUGUUGAGUAUCAUUUCAAUGCUUUCAAGUCCUAAUGAUGAGUCUCCAGCAAAUAUUGAAGCAGCGAAAGAAUGGAGAGAUAAAAGGGAGGAAUUCAAGAAGAAAGUAAGCCGAUGUGUGAGAAGAUCACAAGAAAUGUUAUGAUCAGAUGCUGUUGCCAGUCUUGGAUUUGAUUGGAAAAUAUCUUAUUUUUUUGUAAGGGGAAAACAUCUUAGUCAGUUUUCAGGUAAAGCAUUUUUUUUAUUUUUUUUCGUUUGGUUUGGUGUGAUUCGGGAUUUUUAAAAAAUACCUUGGUCGAAUGUAAAGUUCCCAUUAUGAUUUCUGCUCCCCAUUUACAUCAUCAUUCUUUAUCUUCUUUGCAUUGUCAGAAUUAAUAGGCAGUAGUUGUAAGGUUGUAUCAAAAUCUUCCAUGCCAUUAUUUUACUAAACUUAGGCCAGGAAAAGGGUUUGUGAUAACUUAGCCAUUGUAUUUGAACAGGUAAUGAUUAAAUUUUGGACAACUGAUUGCCUUGUUGGGCUCGCAAUCAAAUCAAAUCAAAACUGGUUUCUGAAGCUUCUUGUGGUUCCUCUCUUUUCCCCCCACCUUAAAAAUUCAGGCUUCUCUAUCAUUCUGUUUAUUUUUGGAAUGCUACUGCUGAGCUUGUUUUACAUCCUUCACAAUGUUGCUACUAGACACUGAUGAUAAUAACCUUAUCUAGUCUUGUUGCUUGCCGCCAAGGAAGGAAUACAAUCUCCUUAUUUUA